GCGCGGUGCCAGGGGGGGCUGUGGGGUGCGGGGUAUGGGGCACGCUCCCCCCACUCAGUGCUGACCCCAGCGCGGUGCCAGGGGGGGCUGUGGGGUGCGGGGUAUGGGGCACGCUCCCCCCACUCAGUGCUGACCCCAGCGCGGUGCCAGGGGGGGCUGUGGGGUGCGGGGUAUGGGGCACGCUCCCCCCAGUCAGCGCUGACCCCAGCGUGGUGCUGGGGAGCUGUGUGGGGGCUCAGUAUGCGGCACGCUCCCCCAGUCAGUGCUGACCCCAGCGCGGUGCCAGGGGGCGCUGUGGGGUGCGGGGCUCAGUAUGGGGCAUGAUCUCCCAGUCAGUGCUGACCUCAGCGCAGUGCUGGGGUGCUGUGUGGGGGCUCAGUAGGGGGCAUGCUUCCCCAGUCAGUGCUGACCCAAUACCCCAGUAUAGUGCUGGGGUGCUGUGCUGCAGGGAGCUACCAGCCUUUGGAUGAAAAGUAAAAGUCAGGUCCUUGCUGCCUGUGGCUAUUACUCACCUUUGGGUACUUUCCCCAGGUGAGGGGGUGUUUGCUCCAAUGGCCUGCCAUCAUCCAUCUCCAGUUACUUGACUGUUGUUCUCUAAACUCCGCCCAGUUUCAAUUCAGUUCCUUUACUCAGUUGUCUUUCUCCUUUGUAAGCUACCAGAUUCAGUUGGAGGCAUUGAUUUUUACUUCCAAUUCCAAAUCGUGCAAUGUUAGUGUGUGCUCGUACAGCUCCUCUGUUCCACCCCAGAGUUGGCUGGGUUUCAGCAGUGGAUUAGAGCCAUUCAACACACAUGCAUGUUGCUUAGCUAUUUAUUAAAGCAUAAGGCUGACAAAGAGACGGUGAUAAUGAAGCUCAAGGAGUUGGAAUCUAGCAUGCGCUCUGGCCGCAAAUUGUUCAGACUGGGCAACAUGGUGCAUGCCAUGGUAGCAGCCAGGAGAACUACUCGGCUACCAGACCUGAUGCCCCGUCUCUGCCUGACAGCCUCCAACCUCAGCCGUGUCCUGUAUUUCAUCUGUGACACAGUCCUGUGGGUGAAGAGUGCUGGACUCGUCCCUGACAUUGACAAGCAGAAGUGGCGGAAUUGGGCUACCAAAUACUAUUACUAUUCACUGCUGAUGAAUUUGACCAGGGAUUUGUAUGAGAUCUCCUGGCAGAUGGAACAGGAGGCUCAAAGGAAGAAAGCAAGGAAGGAGAAUUCCUCUCAAUCUGACAAACAAGAUCAGGACCUGUUCAGUUUCCAUGCAGAUGGGUUGCAGCCCUUUCUCCUCCUGCUGUACCACACACUGAGGAAACACCCUCCCUUGUUGCUAGACACAGUGAAGAACCUUUGUGAUCUCUCUAGUCCUUUGGACCAGCUGGGAAUCUACAAAACCAACCCAGGAGUUAUUGGGCUCUGUGGCCUCCUCUCAUCCCUGGUGGGGAUCCUCACAGUAGCAAGUCCACAUAUGAAGUUGAAGCACUGAUCUAAGAGCAUCGCAUAUGGUGAGCUGGCAGAUUUGCUUCUCUGACUGUUUUCACUCCAGGAUGGUAUUUUAAAAAUGAACACUUUUGACAAUCGCUCUUCAUAUUUUUUUUUUUUUUUUUUUUUUUUCCUCUGGAGGAGUCAGCUUUACUUCCUCCUCCUUCCUGAUAUCCUCUCAGGUAAGGAGCUGCAGUGACAUACUACAUGAUGGAGGAGAAUGGUGAAGAGGCUGAGUAAGGACUGAGCAAAACAUCCCUCAAGAAUAUUGUGAACCAUGGAAAUCAAGACUUUACAAAUUGCUGCUAGUUAAGGACAUGUUGCUGUCUCCUGUAUUUGAAUAGAGAUGUGGAAUAGCUGCAUAGGCAACUAAAAUUGUAUAAAAAGCCAUAAGGAUUAGUGCUGACACCGGAAAGGCAGAAUCCCCCAAUGGGGGUUCAUACAAUCAUUUGUCUUUUUUGAAUACAUUCAAGCAUGUUGGUGCCAGAAAGGCUUUGGAAUGGUAGUUCAAAUGGCCUGGAUUAAAACAUGAAUUCUGUGAGGGGACUGGAUGAUGUCAGGGGACUGUUAAUUGGAUAUAUGGAGCUUUUCAUCUCUAGGCAGUGGUUCAAAUCUAGCCCAGGCUGAUAGUAACUGAAGAGUGCUCCAGUUUGGUGAUAUAGUGGCCACCAUUGAAUAUGUAUUAGUGGGACUGGAUCCAGUUCUUAGUGAAUAGAUGUCUAUAUCCCAGAAACCACCACUCCAUCUGCCCUCCUUGUUGACAAUACAAGGCCAAGGAUUGCUUGGGCCAUGGAAUCUGAAUUCCUCUCUAGAAGGGUCCUUCCAGGUCAUGGUUAGGUACGCUCUCUUUUUCCAAUGUAUGUGGCUAGCUUACUUCAGUGCUGCUCAUGCUGGGGAUAAGCAAAGGAUUUCAGUCUCCAUGAUUGCUGAUCUGGCACCAUUCAUUAGCACUAGCCUUCCGCCAAAUACACACACCAAACCCUUGUAAUCCCAGAAGGGUGAUAAUUUCUGUACUCUCUGAAGCAGCUUUUAAACUGAUAUCGCUUUAGUUUUGCUGAAAGUUUUCAAAUAUCAAUUUUAAAUCCUUAUGCUAUUGAGAGAAACCUGCCCCAGGGCUGCUGGUGAGUGAGCUGGAAUGACACUGCCAGGGGAUGUUGUCAGAAAAGGGAACUUACACUCUUGGACUGGGAUGGGCUUGCUGAUGCCGAAAUCCUUUGAUAAGCACCUGCAAGAAGAGAAUCCUUUUGUCUGACCCUCUCUAGAGUCCACCCCAUCAUGGCCACCUGCUUGGAUAAGGACAAGUGAUUUUUCUCAUAUGUCUGUUCGUGUGGGUUCUACCACUCUAAUGUCCGUUUCAUUCUCCCAGUCAUCUAGGUGGAAUGUUGCUUUGAAUUAUUACAAAGGUUCUGGGAGAAAAUGCUGUCUAGUUUUCUAAUGUGUAUGUUGUGCAUUGUUUGACAUCCUUUUGGGUGAGGGGGACUGACUUUACAGAAAUCCCCGUUUCAUUAGCAUCUGUGGCUCAGCUCCUGUAGAAUCUACUUGUGAUUCAAGAGCCAAAAUGAUCCCUUCUCUUGGUCUGAUCCUGUUGUGUGAUCUCUGCUCCCCACCAAUGCAGAGACUUCACUCCUCCCUGCAGCUGGGAGGGCAGGCUGGCGAGUUUACAACCUUUCCCAGCAGUUUUCUGGUACGGAGGGACUGUGGAAGGGCCAGCCUAGUCAGGCUGUCUCACCUGGAGUCAGUGUAAGAGUGAAAAAACUCUCCUGUGCAAAAAAGGGGGAUAAGUGAGAAAAGGUUUUUGGGCUGGCUUGCCUCCUCAAAGCCUUUCCCCACCAGGGGCUGACCUGUAACACCACCCCCUGGUUCUGACAAGGAUGCUCAGGCUUCCAGGCUCACUGCUGUGGGAUUCCAACAGGCCUGUCUUAGUCCUCUCCUUAGGCAGGUCACUGGAUUUUAGAAGCUAAUACUUGUGGUUCCCCCUGCAAACAGGAAGCUAUGGGUUUAAUGUAUUUAAUUUAGCUUAAUAUAACGAAAGCUGGAGAAUUAACCAAAAGGAGAGAAUUCUUUAGGUCAGCCUCCUCCAGGCUUCUGGUAUAAGGGCUACUGCUGCUAUACAUUGUCUAGGAAACACAACUAAUAAACUGAAGCGAGUUUGAA